AUGGAAGGUGGCGGCUGGGCAGCCGGAGGAGGCCACGUUCUUGGCGCCGCCCAGGAACCGCGGGGGGAGGAGGAGGAGGAGAAGGAAGCCGGACCUGCCGCAGAGAGGAAGAAGGGCAGCGGCGGCGGCGGCGGCGGCAUGAAGUUCCGCGUGCGCGCGCGGGCGCCGCACGGCGUCGGGGCGCUGCUGCUCAUCGGCGGAGCGGCCGUCGUCGGGGCCGCCGUCCUCGCGUGGCGCCGCUCGCGCCAUGGCAAGACGGGUGCCGCCGUCGACCAGCCUGAGCGCCGCCUGCCAGCGAAACAAGAGGCUUUGGAUGGCGGAGUUGUCGAGGAUGGGAAGGUUCAGGGUGCCUCAUUGGUGCAGAAGCUUGAUCAGUCCGAUGAGAACUUGAGUGUGGGCAACACCGAUAAUGGAUCCGGUAGAUUGGAUGGCAACGAUUCUGAGGAAAGCCAUCAGAUUCACAAGGAUGAUGAGAUCACUGCAGAUCAAUUGGAGAGCAAGCAUGAAGAGAGAAUUGAUGAGAAUUCUGGCACCAAUCCUGUCGAGGUCCACACGCACAAUCUGGAUAGCAAGCAUGAAGAGAAAAUUGAUGAGAUUUCAGGCAGCAAUCCUGUUGAGGUUCACACGCACGAUCUGGACAAAGAACAUGUUGAAGAGGUUGACCAGAAGUCAAGCUGCAACAAUGUCGAGAUCACUGCACAUGAUAUGUGUCAGGACAAUGAACAUGUUGAGAAAAUCGAUCACGUUGAAGAAAUUGGUCUGACUUCGAGCAGGAACCCUGUCAAGAUCAUCAUGCAGGAAAUGGUCAAUGUUUGUUUGGUCAGUGGAAGUGUGGAGAAGGUUGAAAAGGGCUCAAGCAAGAAGGACAUUGAGAAAGAGAUAGCCCAAAAAGAUAAUAAAGAUAUGGAGGCUUCUGAUCAAAGCAAACUCUGCAUCAAAGGUCCAGGGAUCAUCCUCAGUAAACAUAAUGAUGAGAGUGAUGGUACUCAAGAGGCUGAAUCGAUGGAGAACACGCCGACGGCACAGCUUUUGCAUCAAGACCAACUCUUAGAUGACAUGGUUACCGACGCUGUUACAGAAACAGAAGAUACUGUUACUGAAACAGAAGAUACCAUUGCAGAAACAGAAGAUACUGUUACAGAAACAGAAGCAAAGCAAGGUGAAAGAACACUCACAGACGAGAGUGAGCUCGAGCAGGAUGAAAAGAAAGAUCUGGUAGGACUUGUUGAACUUGCGAGCUCACCAGCACUGUCGUCACUGGUUAAGCCAAUAGCAAAGAAAGAGCCAGAGUUUCCGACACCCAACGAGACAGGGAUGAAGCUAGACCAAGAUUAUACCAAUGGUGAGCUAAGGGAGCAUACUGACCUGAUCAGCAAAGCAGGAGCAAUGCGGGGAGAAGGUGACAUGGCGACCAUGGAUUGCAGGAGUUCUGCUCUGGUCGUUAUUGCUCUAAUCUUCACACUGGCCAUGGGAAUAACAAUCAUCGUGCGCUUAUACGCCCCUUCCCGGGCAACAAAACUCCAGAUGGAUCUGCCAUAAGUUUGCAAGGGCAUGCACAAUGAGGUGCUCCUAUCAGUGAUUCAAUAUAAUUGCUGAGGUUGCAAAGUUCCGUUGGGAACGAACGGCGAAGUUAAGAGCUGGAGUGUACAGAGUACAAGAUAGAAAGAAAAAGUCUACUAUGGGUCAUGAACAGAAUUCAGAUGGCCAUUGUGCAGCACGAUCUGUCUGUACUGGAAUAGUUACAAGUGUGGUGCCAACUACCAAAAGGAAGAACCAAGGAGGUCCGAGAGAAGUAGGAUUCUUCAGGUUCAGGAGCACUUGUUUUUUCUUUUUUAAAAAAUAUUAUUUUGUAGGAUAUGGCAAUGCUGAUAAUCUACGAUAGUCCCCAGAUCAUGUUGAAGUUCGUGCUUUGUUUUGUUUUGUUUGA